CCGGAAGUUUGCAGAUUUACGCAGGCGCCGGAAUAACGCGCGAAAGAGGAAAUGUAAAGAUGACGGUGGAAACAACAGAAAUUAAUGCUACCCAGAUUGAAGUAAGGGGAAGUUUGAAAGAAGAUGCUCACAGUAGUGAAAAAGUGGAUUCAGGGAUGGAUGAUGAUAGCCAGCAGUCUAAUGAACAAGACAUACACUUGAGUGAUGAGGAAGAAAAUGACAUAUUGAUAGGCAGAAAAUCAAAACAGAGUAAGAGGAUAUUGGAUGAUGAGGACGAUGAAGAAGAGGAGAGUACUCAGGGGGAAGGAGAAACAACAAUAGAAGAAAAAGAUGUCAGGAGAACAGAGAGUGAAUCACCAUUGGUGAUAGAUGAAGCUCUAACCAAAGCAUUGGAAAGUGGAUCCGAGAAUGGUAGUGAUAGUGAUGAUGAUGAUGAUGAAAUAACUUUAGGUUCAGUUAUAAAGAAGAAAAGAAUUGCUGCUGUAUUUGAUGAUGAUAGCAACGAUUCUACCAAAGAGUAUGAACAAAAAGAUGAUCAGGAACAAGCAGGGGCAGCUAAGAGUACUUUGUUUGCCAACAGUGACUUAUUUGAUGCUGAAAAUGAGGAGGAAAAUUCACAAGGAGAGAACCAUAACAAGGAAGAUAACUCUGAGAGUGACAGUGGAGACAACUCAGAUAGCAGCAAGGAGGGCAAUGAAGAUGAAGGAUUUGAUGAAUCUUCUUUGGAUCCAAAACUUCUGGCCAAAUUAAAGAAGGGUGCUGCAAAAAAGCCCAGUAGAAAGACAAAAGAAAAAUCCAGAAAGGAUGAACUUUUAGAUAUCCACAGUGAAACCCAGAGAAUUGUUAGAGAGAGUCGAGUUAACUUGCCUUAUCACCAGCCAGAACCCAAACCUUUGUCAGCUUUUUUGGCCAGAGCUUCCAGAAAGCAAGAACUAUACAAAAGUUUGCACAAUACAAGAGAUAUACAUAAGGCCAAGAUAAUGCAGCAGACAUUUGAAAAAGACAAAACAAAUAAAGAAAGUGAAGGCAAUAAGACAAUGCAGAGCACUUCAGAAAAGGUUACAGAAAAGACUUCAAAUAUCGAAGCAGCAGAAGGAUCUGAAAAAAUAGUAAAAGACACAGAAGAGGAAAUUAGUGCACAGGAAAAUGUUUCUGAAGAUGCCAAAGAAAAACAUUUAUCUUCUGAAGUUCAUUUAGGAGAAGAUGAUCUUCCUGAUUUGGAGGAAAGAGAAAAAGAAGUCAGAGAAAGGUUGGGACAGAAUGACUCUCCCAAACUAUCGGAUGAGCAGGCUAAAUUGUCCCUCAAAGAUGAAGGUGGUGCUAAUUGUGAAAAGUCAGUAGAUUCUGAAGGUGAUAUUUCAAACACUCAGUGUACCGAUUCUACAAAAACUCUGGAAAAACAAUCGGCCAAAUCCAAUUCAGAGGAGAUUGCUUCACAAAACAGGACAGAACACACCAAAACUCAGGAAUCAAAGUUGUCUUUCUUGCUAGAACCUGACUUGCCACACAUGUCAGCUGUUCCUAAGUUAAGUGGGGGCCCUGAUGCUGUUAUCAGUCUAGAUGAAGAAGAAGAGGAGGAACCACAAAACCCAGGGGUCAGGAAACUUAUGGGGAGGUUUAUGGACCAUUGUAAAAAGAGGACCAAACAUGUCAACAAGGAUGUUGAUAUAAGAAUUGUUGAGAAAGACAAGGAUGAACUCCACAUGAAGACUUUCACUUAUCAUCCCACACAGGAAGAUGAGAGUUCUCUCCAAGCCAUUGAUGCACCAGGAGCAAAACUUGUAGCUCUUAAAGAGAAGCUUCAAGAGAAAAUGAAAGUGAAACGAGAGGAAUCUAGGAAGCAGAGGCAGGAUGUAUAUGACCUUGACAAUGAGGAAGGUUACACAGCAGAGGAUGAGGAUGCCAUCUUAGAUAACGAUGAUGAAAUGUCAGAACACUCAGACACUGAUGUGGAGGAUGAUGAAUUCGAUGAAGAGUUUGGCGAAGAUGAAGAAAUGGAAGAAGAAGAGGAAAGAGAGAAAGAGAAAAACCCCUUUGCUGAUGAUGAGGCAGAAGAAGAUGAUGGAGAUGAUGAUGCGGGCUGUGAAAGUGAUGAGGACGUUGAUAAUCUAAAACUUCAUCUGUCAGAUGAUGAUGAUGAUGAUGAUGUUGUAGAGGAUCAGACAGAAGAUGAAAAAGACCAAGCAAUACAAAUCAAAUCUUCAGCAAAGAAAAAGAAGCCCCGAGUUUUGCAGAUUAGUGAUGAUGAGGAGAGCAGGGAUGUUACUGAGGAACAGGAAAAAGCCACUAAUGAGGAGGGGCAAAGUGGAUCUGAUCCAAAUAAAGAGAAAGCACAGGAAGACAAAACUGAUGACAAGGGUCUCUUCAAAGAACCACUUGAUGAUAUGUUUGUUCCUUUCUCUAAGCAUGGUUCACAGGCAACACAAGCUCAGGAGGUUAAGAGGACCAGCAGCCUGAUCCCCCCUGUGGAGGACUCCCAGGAUCUGUAUGGUACCCUCCCAGCCAUACCCUCCACCUGUAUGGACAGCCAGCAAUCCCAGACCCUCAACUUUUACAUUGAGGAGUCCCAGUCUAGGAUGUUUGAUAAUGAUGGAUUUUUACGCACAGGUUCAACAGCCAAGAAACCCAAGUCUAAACCUUAUAUGAGUUUUGAUAUGGACUCUUCACAAGAGAACUUUGAUGAACUCCUUGGUUUAUGUUCAGGGAGAUUCCAAGAAAAUGAUAAGAAAGGUUCUUGUAAGCAGCAGUUGUUUGGGACCCAGACAGAUACCCAGAACAACAUGGAACAGCUGAUGGGACUGUGCUCAGGAAAGUUUGCUGAGAGUCAAGUGGAUGGAGGGAGAUCUCAGAAGACUGGUGUGAAGAGGAAAUCUCCUCUAGAUGAUGAAGAAGAAGACAGCAGUGAUUCCUUCAAACUUGUGAGUGACAAUGAGGAGGAAGAUGAAGAUAAUAGAAAGAAUGUAUUCAGUGAUGAAGAGAGAAUAGAUGAGGAGGAGGAGGAAGAAGACGGUAAGGGACCUCAACAGGAGAAGUUCAAAGGAUUUACCAUUGCCAACAAACACGGGAAAAUAAGAAGAGAGUUUGUUGAAGCAGAGGCUGAAUUAUCAGGAAGUGAAUAUGACAGUGAUGAGAAUUUGGACCUUGCUGAGGAGGAAGACAUUUUAGAGAUGGAGGAGGGGGACAAAGAUGAAGUGGGCACAGAGGAGGAACUUAGGAACCAAGUGGGCAGGGCUCACCUAAAACAAGUUAUAGAUGAAGACAAAAGAGAACUGAUCAGAUACCAAGAAAUGUACCUACCUGAUGGUGACCUGCACAGUGAAGGUCAAGGUCGUAUCCGUAGGUUUAAAUGGAGUAACAUAGAUGAAGGGACCCAACAGGACAUGUUUAACAAUGAUUCUGAUGGAGAGAACGUGGAAGAGGAAGAUAUGGAGGCUAAAUGGAGACAGGAGAGAUACGAGAGAGAAAAGUUUCUACAGGAACAACAGGAAAAAGAAAGAAAUGAAGAUGAAAAUAGUCAAUUCCUUAAAUUUGGAAAAGUUUUCUUGAAGAGAAGUAUUUCAGAAACUGGGGCAGUCAAAAAGGUGUCUUCAGAGAAAAUGGUCAACAAAGAGAAUGGGACACAGAUGACAGCCAGUACUAUAUUCAAGUCAACAAUGCAGAAGAAGGGUUCAUUCCUUGGAAGGAACAAAGAAACUCUGGCUAAGAUUGCCGAACUCACAAAGACAACAGUUAACCCUACUGGACCUAGGAAUUCCAGGAACUUUGUCUUCCAGGUUAUCUCCCCUGACAAAGACACAAAUAAACAGAAUGCAGUAAAUGGUCCAACCCAGGGAAAGGCAAGAAAAGCCCAUCUACCAAAACAGCAUCAGCCAGUGGCAAAGAAGCCUAGACUAGAGAAGUCAUCAUCAUUCCCACAAAACAGUAUCUUCAAUCAUAUGUAGGGGCAGUAAGUGAAACCCAGACCAAAGAUGUCAUUGUCUUUCCCACAAAAAUGCAUCUUCAAUCAUAUGUAGGGGAGAAAGUGAAAAAGACUCGUUCUCACAAAUCAGCAUCUGCAAUCAUGUGUCCGGGGCAGAAAGUGAAACCAAGACUUGAGAAGUCACUGUCCUUACCUCAAAACUGAGGAAAAGUGAAUUGACACAUGAAACAUGACAUUUUAUACUUGGAUUCCAUCAGGUUUGCUUGUUGUAUUUGGUUAUAUAGCAUGCAUUGAAGAGACCUAUGGUUUUGCUUUAUGGUGCUGAUCAUAGACUCUGUAUGGCUUGAUCGACUAACAGGAUCAUCAAUUGAGGAAAUCAGAUUCAGUAAUUCAGUUUUAUUUUGGAUAAAAUGUGAGAAAUUAUUUAUUGAGGAUUUUCUUUUGAUUGAUUGAUACAUUUUUAAUGUACGCUUGGAAAAAAGAAAGGGGGGAUUGAUUCUUAAAAAUAAUGUCCCCAUGCGUAUGUACAGUAUUUCAUUUCUAAAGAUGAUUAAACCUUGAAGCAUGAGUGUUUUAGUGUAAAUACAUAUCUAUGUAUAUUUGGUAUUUAUUGACUGUAUAUUUUUUGUGUAUGAGUGCUUUCAUAGAUGCAUUUUAUAUAUUUUUUUCACAUGAGUCCAGAAAUUUUAAAAGGUAGUCUAUUUUAUCUGAAAAUCACCCUUCAUGUAAUGGUUGCACUUGUAUGAAUUUAGAUUUGAAUUUGUCCACACAGUAAAUUUAUAUUUACGUUCAGUUUCAUAAUGAUCUCUGAUGUAAGAUAAAUCAGUUUAUUUACUCAGUUGUAGAAAUAUCUGGUAUUAGGUGUGACUGUAGUUUAUGUGUUAAAGAAAUCAAUAUGAUUAAUUUUAUGAGAUGUUUUUUUUUUUU